GGUCAGCCCGGUUCCGCCAUGGCGUACGGAGACCUGGAGAGGCGCAGGACGCGCGUGUUUGCGAUGGCAGGAGGCUCCUUCCUCAUUGCCCUGGCAUGCCUGAACAUGAUGGCAAGCUUCAAGAGCACGAGGACGACCAUGCUCAAGUCCAAGAUGGACCCGUACGUGAGCUCCCGCGCUGCCAGGAGUGAUCUCAACAGCUACUUCGACAAGCUGCCAGUUCACAAGGGCAAGAGGAUGGGCAUCUCUGCUCGUCGUGCCCGCAUGCAGCUGAACAGCAUCUUCCAGCAAGACCCUUCUGUGAUGCAUCAGGCGAAGGCUCUCAACCAGAGAGUGAGGAGGCAGGUGGUUCAGGACCUUGCCUUCAGCUCCAAGAACGCCAAGGACGACAUCGACUCCUACUUCGAUUCGAUGCAGCCCGAGACGCACAAGUACUCCUACCACCACCACCAGCACGACAAGUCUGAUGCCGAUGAGGGCUUGAGCCACGCUCAGCUCCAGGAGAGACUCGUCAAGUUCAAGAAGCAGAACCCUGAGUUCGCCAAGAAGGUGGAGGAGGCGCAUGCGAUGUGGAUGAAGAACCACAAGGCUCCUCCUAAGACGAUGAAGGAGAAGAAGGAAUACGGCGUGCUCCUGAACAAGUACGUCGGAGACAUGGCGGCGAUUCUUUCGGGCAAAGAGGCACCCCAGCCAGCCAAGGCUUCCAAGCCAGCCAAGGCUAGCCUCAAGUCCCAGGCGUUCAAGGCCUACAUGGCACAGCAUCCUGAUACCAAGAAGAAGUUCAUGAAGGCUCAGGGAAUUUUCUUGAAGAAGUAUGGUCACUUGCCGCAGAACGAUGGAGAGAAGCAAACGUUCAAGGCUCUGCUCAAGAAGUACGUCGGACAUCUCGACAUCUCGGUUAAGAAGACGCUUGGCAAGGAUUCCGCGGACGUGAAGUCUGGAGCUGACGACAGCACCGCCAGCAAGGUGGACGAUGAGACGAAGCAGAAGAUGUUGAAGACGAUGGAGAAGAAGGACCCAACACUCCAGCAGAAGCUCAAAGAGGCCCACGACGUCUGGAUCAAGACCGGCCAUAAGGGACCCCCCAAGAAUGCAGAGGAGGAGAAGCAGUACAGGAAGCUCCUCGACCAGAUGGUCGGCGAGGAGAGGACCAAGGCUGUCAAGUCCAUGUAAACAUUGAGAUCCUUU